GGAUUGGAUAAUGCCAUCCGCUGUCUAUCAAAAAAGUCAAAAAUGAAUGUUCUCGAAAGGACGCAGCAAGAUUGGCAAGAAUUCAAAAAUGGAGAGGAACUGGAUAACCAUAAUCGUGGCAAAUGUGGUUACAUCGAUAGGAUGGCAUUUCUGAAUCGUGCCGACCUUCGAACUUUUGAACUAGAAAGGAACGCACGUAAUAGUAGCCCUAUAGAUUCUGGUUAA